UUGUGCAAAAAUGGUCGUUAAAUAAGAAUUGCCACAUAACUGAAAGUGUUCUGCUCUCGUUUUCAUCAAAAUUAACAGUUAAGUUCUAUCCGAAUACCGGUCCAUUUGGAUUCUAGUCUGUUAGUUAGAAACGGGUGUAGAUUUUCCGGAAACCAAUAUGCCAACCCAAACCCAAUCGAAAGGCACCAGCUAUUUCAUCUACUUUGCAGUUUUUUCAGUCAACCUGAUCACAUUUUCUGCUGGUGGCUGUUGGUCAUGGACAUCCCCCAUACUGCCCAAGCUCAACAGUCCGGAUCCAGCCAUCAAUCCACUGCCCCGACCAACCACAACCUUUGAAGACUCCUGGAUUGCGUCCGUCAUGAACUUAGGAGCCAUAGUUGGGCCCCUGGCCGGAGGAUUCUGCUCAGAGAGGUUCGGGAAGAAGAAGGCGCUCCUGAUUCUGGGCUUACCCAUUGUCAUUUCGCAUCUGCUCUGUGCCCUGGCAGUGAACGUGCAUUUUUUCCUCGCUGCCAGAUUUCUCAUUGGAAUUGGGGCUGGAACCGUAUUUGGAGUCGUUCCUGGAUACGUAGGAGACAUUGUUGAAGACAGGCAAAGAGGAGUCAUGGGCAGCAUGCUGGGAGUCUUCAAUUGCUUCGGCGUUCUCUUCAUGUACUUAGUGGGCCCUUUCGUUUCAGUCCAGCUAUUCAGCUUAAUUAAUCUUAUUGCGCCGAUUCUCUUCUAUAUUCUGUUUGGGUUCUUCGUCCCUGAAAGUCCCUAUGACUUGGUGAAGCAAGGCAAGGAAGAAAGCGCGGAAAUCAGUUUGAUGAAACUGAGAGGCCGGGAGGUAGCUGGGGAUGUUCAAAAGGAACUAACAUACAUCACAGAGAGCAUCGAUAACUCCUCAGGCCAACCGAGCACCAUUUGCAGCCUGUUCCAGAACAAGGCUCUGAGGAAAGCGAUGUUGAUUAGCAACGGGCUCAUGUUCUUCCAGCAGUUCUCUGGAAUAUGCGCCGUCAUCGGCUACAUGCAGACCAUCUUCGAAAUGACUGGAAGCUCCAUUCCCUCCAUCUACUCGGCGAUUCUCAUUGGCGCUGUCCAGCUGCUCUCUAAUAUCGCCAGCUCUCAAUUGGUGGAAAAGGCCGGCAGGAGGGUGCUCCUGGUAGUCUCCCAUCUGUUUUCCGCGGUAUCUCUCAUCACUUUGGGCGCCUAUUUCUUCUUGAUGUCGUCCGGGUUCUACGUGGAGGAAAUCAGCUGGCUUCCCAUCACAAGUCUCAUCCUGUUUAUUGUGGCCUUCAACCUGGGCCUGGCCAAUCUUCCUUGGGUCGUACUGGCUGAAUUAUUCCCGGCCAAUAUGAAAUCGAUCUCCGCCACUUCGACCACAUUUUUCAGUUUCACAUUGUCGUUCGUUGUUACGAUGGGCUUCCCAUUCGCUACAGAACUGCUGGGAAUGCCUGGAACUUUCUGGACUUUCUCAGCAGUUCUGGUGGCCGGGUUUCUGUUCUGCAUUGCUUUGGUGCCGGAAACAAAGGGCAGGACCAGCCAGGAAAUACAGAAUCUUCUAGAAGGACUGAAAAAAUAGGGGAGGUGAGAAUUGUGACUACUGAACGUGUACCUGAUUUGUUUUGUAAUGCUCCACGGGAAAAAAUGCCGGUUGGGAGAUUGACUGUGGCUGUCCGAGUGUCGGUUGGGAUGAAAUAAACACCUUGGAAGUCAUA